GCUCCGCGCCGUGGCGCCGCGCAUGCGCAGGGGCUGGCGGGCGGAGGGGCUGCGGUGCCCGCGGAGGUCUGUGCACAGGGCCUGAUCCGUCUGAACCCUGAGCGCUGAUUUGUGCUGUGAAGCAGACUGAGAAACGCUGGCCCUGAAACGCGGCACGGGAGCCAAAAUGCCACACAGCAGGGCAGGUUGCCAGAAUCCAAAUGGCUCUCUUGAACAGGCAGCUGGGUUCAUCCUUAACCCACCUAAGCAGCACAGUGACCCAGCGACACUUCAGUAUCACUGGGGCAUGCCAAGCAAUACAGAAACUCACCCGUGUGCGAGUGGUGGACAACAGCGCCCUGGGGAACACGCCGUACCACCGGCCACCAAAAUGUAUCCACGUGUAUAACAAGACUGGAGUUGGCAAAGUAGGAGAUAAAAUCCUUCUGGCUAUCAAAGGAGAGAAGAAGAAGGCUUUGAUUGUAGGGCACAAGAUGCCUGGUCCCCCCAUGACGCCUAGAUUUGAUUCUAACAAUGUGGUACUCAUAGAAGACAAUGGAAAUCCAGUAGGGACUAGAAUAAAAACCCCAAUACCCUAUACCCUGCGACAGAGAGAAGGAGAGUUCUCCAAAGUAUUGGCCAUUGCCCGCAAUUUUGUAUGAAAGCUAAGAAAGUUUUUUGGCCAUCCUGAUUAUCACCUUUCAUACAGUAGCUGUUCCUUGGUCCUUUUCUAGAAAAUGAUGAAACAUGAAAAAGUUGACUCAUCAAGAGUCUCUCUGUUUAAGAAUUACUAGCAACUUGUUUAAAUAUUGAAAUACCUUUUUUUUUUUUUCCAAAAUAAGGUUGAUUUGUUUCACAAAACUGUUGCAUUGUGUUGGGGAAAUGUUCCUUCACUCUCACUGCUCUGGUGGUGUGUAUUUGGACUCUAAUCAUUAAAAGGAGAACAAUGAAAA